GGUAGGUAAGACGUCGUUGAUGAACCAAUACGUGAACAAGAAGUUUAGCAACCAGUACAAGGCGACAAUAGGUGCGGAUUUCCUCACCAAGGAGGUGAUGGUGGAUGAUAGGCUCGUUACUAUGCAGAUCUGGGACACGGCCGGGCAGGAGCGCUUCCAGAGCCUUGGCGUCGCGUUCUACCGCGGAGCCGACUGCUGUGUGCUCGUCUUUGACGUGACUCAGCCGAACACUUUCAAGUCGCUCGACAGCUGGCGGGACGAGUUCCUCAUCCAGGCGGGGCCUCGCGAUCCGGACAACUUCCCGUUCGUCGUGCUCGGCAACAAGAUCGACCUCGAGAAUCGGGCGGUGUCAACGAAGCGCGCGCAGGGCUGGUGCCACAGCAAGAACGACAUCCCGUACUUCGAGACGAGCGCUAAAGAAUCGAUCAACGUUGAGCAGGCGUUCCAGACGAUCGCUCGCAACGCGCUCGCUCAGGAGACAGACGUCGAACUCUACAAUGACUUCCCCGAUCAGAUCAAGCUCACCGGUGAGACGAAGCCGCCCAGCCAGGGAUGCGGUUGCUAGGCGACGCGGUUGCUAGGGGAUGCGGUCGCUAGGCGACGGCCGGGGAGGCGGCGGAGGAUUUUGUAAUGUUGACGUUGGUUUGGCGUGUAUGUAUACGUAUAUAUAUAUGUAUAUAUAUAUAUAGGUAUGUGUAUAUGUAUAGUUAUGCGUGUAUAUAUAUGUGUAUGUGUAUAUAUAUAUGUACGUACAUGUAUGUAGAUGUAUAGGUAUGCGCAUGUAAAAUCCAGAAAUUUCGUUUUUCCCGCGCGGGAGCGCGCCGGCGGGCGUCGCCGAUCGCUCGAAUUCCGGCAGCGAUGGCACGUCGAGCGCCCAGUAUAUUAUUAGGAUCCAGGUGGGACACGCCUCCCUGCCCUCCCGGGGGGAGGGGGUGGGACACGCCUCCCUGCCCUCCCG